AUGUCUGCCGAAGACGAGCGUCAGGCUGCCCUUAACUCCUAUCGCACGAAACUCAUGGAGUCGCGAGAAUGGGAGGCAAAGCUCAAGAAUCUGCGCUUAGAGAUCAAGGACAUGCAGCGAGAGUUUGACAAGACCGAGGACAACAUCAAGGCGCUACAGAGUGUGGGACAGAUCAUCGGCGAGGUACUGAAACAGCUUGAUGACGAACGAUUUAUCGUCAAGGCUUCAUCGGGGCCACGAUAUGUUGUCGGAUGCAGAUCAAAGGUCGACAAGGUCAAGCUCAAGCAAGGUACCCGUGUUGCCCUCGACAUGACGACACUCACCAUCAUGCGAAUGCUACCCCGCGAAGUCGAUCCCUUGGUGUACAACAUGUCUCUGGAGGACCCAGGGCAAGUCAGCUUUGCUGGUAUCGGUGGAUUGAACGAUCAGAUUCGAGAGCUCAGAGAAGUCAUUGAGCUCCCCCUCAAGAAUCCUGAACUGUUCCUCCGAGUAGGCAUCAAACCUCCCAAGGGUGUCCUGCUAUAUGGCCCUCCCGGAACUGGAAAAACUCUACUGGCACGAGCAGUUGCUAGCAGUCUAGAGACCAACUUCUUGAAGGUUGUUUCUUCCGCUAUUGUCGAUAAAUACAUUGGAGAAUCUGCAAGACUGAUCCGCGAGAUGUUUGGCUAUGCCAAGGAGCAUGAGCCUUGCAUCAUUUUCAUGGACGAAAUUGAUGCCAUUGGUGGCCGUCGUUUCUCCGAGGGCACCAGUGCUGACCGUGAAAUUCAACGAACCCUCAUGGAGUUGCUCAACCAGCUGGACGGUUUCGACUAUCUGGGCAAGACCAAGAUCAUCAUGGCAACCAACCGACCUGACACAUUGGACCCUGCACUUCUUCGUGCUGGCCGACUGGACCGAAAGAUCGAAAUUCCUCUGCCCAAUGAGGUCGGACGCCUCGAGAUUCUCAAGAUUCACUCACAAAGCGUGGUAGUCGAUGGAGACCUUGAUUUCGAAAGCGUGGUGAAGAUGAGUGACGGGCUCAACGGUGCUGAUUUGCGAAACGUGGUUACUGAAGCCGGUCUAUUUGCUAUCAAGGACUACCGAGACUCGAUCAAUCAGGACGAUUUCAACAAGGCUGUUCGCAAGGUCGCGGAAUCCAAGAAGUUGGAGGGCAAGCUUGAGUACCAGAAGCUGUAA